UAAAGCACAGCACUAAUCACACCGUCAUGGCUGAAAUGUUAUCGAACUGUCAAUUUUAGGUGAAAUUUUAUUAUUUUUAAAUGAAUACUAAUUUGUGACUUGUGAUUUUCUAAUGGAGAGUGUCAAAAUUUUAGCCAUAUGAUUUUGGAUCAGAUUUAAUCAUGAAUGGUUUAAGUUUUAGUGAACUUUGUUGCCUGUUUUGUUGUCCGCCAUGCCCGGGGAAAAUAGCUGCUAAGCUUGCAUUCCUGCCUCCCGAACCCACGUAUGCAUUUACCCCCGACGAGACUGGAUCCAAGUUUUCUAUAACACUCACUGAACGCGCAGAAUGGCAGUACUCGGAGAGAGAGAAGGAGAAUAUCGAGGGCUUCUACUCCAGGACGACGAGAGGCAACAGAAUCGCCUGUCUCUUUGUUCGCUGCAGCCCCAACGCGCGCUUCACGAUACUGUUCUCACACGGAAACGCCGUGGAUCUCGGACAAAUGAGUAGUUUUUACUUAGGGUUAGGCACUAGAAUAAACUGUAAUAUAUUUAGCUAUGAUUACUCUGGAUAUGGAGUGAGUGGAGGCAAACCCUCGGAGAAGAAUCUGUAUGCUGAUAUCGACGCGGCCUGGCAGGCGCUACGGACACGCUAUGGCAUCAGCCCGGAGAACAUUAUCCUGUAUGGACAGAGCAUCGGUACGGUGCCAACUGUGGACCUGGCUGCCCGCUACGAGGUGGGGGCGGUGGUGCUGCACUCCCCGCUCAUGUCUGGCAUGCGGGUCGCCUUCCCCAACACCAAGAGGACUUGGUUCUUUGAUGCAUUUCCCAGUAUUGACAAGAUCCCCAAGGUGACCUCACCAGUUCUGGUGAUUCAUGGAACUGAGGAUGAGGUCAUUGACUUCUCCCACGGGCUGGCCAUCUACGAGCGCUGCCCCCGUGCGGUCGAGCCUCUCUGGGUUGAGGGGGCCGGCCACAAUGAUGUUGAGCUGUUCAACCAGUACCUCGAGAGACUGAAGCGGUUCGUCUCAGUUGAGUUGCUCAACUGACAAAGACUGCCGGCCAGCGGCCAGACCAACCAUGGUGACGACCAAAACCCAGCUUCGACACUAAGCUCCGGUACGAAUAGUUCUGGCACAGAAAGACUCCUCUAGCUAGCGGGGGCCGGGCCUAGCCGGGCCGGCCCCACCAAAUAUUCUGCAAACAACGCUUCCAGUCCACAAAACUCGAAGGAGCCAACUAAACCUACGGAAUCUAGCAGCGAAAUUCAGAAGGAAACCAUAUCCAGUGCAACCAGGAGCCCCAGGACUAUUUCUCAUAACAUUAGCAUCAACAUAACGGAGGUGGAGUCCCCGGCGGGCGUGCGGCGGCGCGCGCACCUGCGCUCGCUCAGCGACGUGACCCCCGCGCCCCCGCGCUCCCCCCGUGCGCGCUCGCACUCGGAGCGCCCCGCGCCCCCCGCGUCCCCGCCCCCGCGCGCC